UUCCUGUGUUGUUAUGGAAGCGACAACAGGAGGAGAGGGAGAGGCGGGAAGAGGCGAGGGAGAGUGGGCUAGGAGGUGGACAGUAAGACCAUUUAUUUUUGUGUCGGCGUUCCAAUUGUCGUACCCUUACUUUCUUCUGGUUUAGUGUGGGAUUGAACCAGGGGACCGAGUGUCUGAAUGUAACGGUUCUGGUUUGAUAGUUGCGAGUUUCUUGAGGCAGGAGGAUAGAGUGGUAUUGAAAAACCACACCUUGCUGUGUUUCUGGUACUAUGAUAUACAAAUGAAAACUUUUUGAAGGCAAAUAACUGAAGGUCAGUGGUCUGAUUUCAAGUCAAUGCAGCAAAUAUUUCAGUUGCUGAAGACAAAAGUGAAGACAGCAAACAGACAAAAAGGCAGCAAGUAAAGGUGACUGUAGUUUACUAGUAGGUCGAAUAAAAAUAUAUCCAGGGAAGAAAAUGGAUCUCUGGUGAUCUCCAUGGACUCCAAACUUUAGGCAAACAUUGGCUGGACGAAGGAAACAGUGUCAUUUCAUUUUCUGUGAAUCAUCCAUCUGUCCGUACAUACUUUUCAAACAGCAGGCUUUUAAAUGACACUUCAAUGUAGCGAAAUUGCAACUGUUGUGGUGUGACAACCGCAAGUUUCCACCCACAUUUGACAUCACCUUUCUCCCAGAACACCUAGGAGGUCCACAUUCCUGUGCUCCGUGUCUCCUCCUCCUCAACUGGCACGUUACUGUGGAUAAAUACUGCAUGUUAGUUAGUCUCCUUUGCUCGUGACCAAGCUCAGCAACACUGGCCAGCAGGCUCAACACCAUCAAUCAUAUCUAGAGAUGCCGUAAACACAGUGGAAGUGUAUGCGGAGUGUGAGUCAUCCAGGAAUGUCAGCGUGUUCUGCUACAUUCCUGCUUUUAGCACAUUUGUACACACGCACACACACACACACACGCGCGCACGCACACACACACACGCACACACCAAAAUGUGUUCAUGUGCAAAUGAUCAGCUUUCCUAGUGGGUUAGAGGUGUCAGUGAUGCAGCUUUCAUUCUCUUCAAAAUGUUCAGUUAAAGUCUUUUUUUUAUUGCAGAAUAAUUAGGAUCAUAUACAAUCAAAGUAUAUUAGAUAAAAGCAAAUAUGAAAACGCAAAUAUGAAGUCAGACAUUGGAUGUGUAUCAUGUCUUACUUUCAAUAGAAGGCACAGUUUGUCAAUAUUAUUUCAUUGUUCUGCUUGUUUUCUGCUUCUACCAUUGUAUUUGUCAUAUAUACAGUGUUAAUAACAAAUGCCUUUAUUCAGGUGUGUGUCCUCCUGCAGCUUCUGCUGGUGUUGUGUGUCAGACAUGGAGAUCAAGGUGUGGGUGGAAGGUGUGGUCAGAGUCGUAUGUGGUAUAUCCCAGACUACUUCCUGUCAGGAUGUUGUCAUUUCUCUCGCACAAGCAAUUGGUCAAACUGGUCGUUACGUUCUGGUCUUGCAAUUCCGGGGCACAGAGAGACAACUGGGAGCCGAUGAAUGUCCACUGCAGCAUCUGAAUAAACUGGGACAGUUUGCUGGAGAGGUCCAGUUUAUUCUGCGGUGGACCGGUCCCAGCCUGAGUGCCGGGCAAGACAAAACAUCCAGAGUCAUCCACCCUGCCCUUCUUAAACCACCAAAGCCGGAAUCCGUCAAACACAGGAAGCCAAAGAAGGCUCUCACUUUCAGUCUUGGUCCAUCCACAGAUCCCAGGAGGACUCAGUCAAACCAAGCCUGGUCCCCUUCUCCAAGAACCUCACCAGAACCAAAAGCUUCCCCUGUCAAUUGGCAAAACAUGAUCCAGUGGGAUGGCACCUCCAAGGAGGAGGUGUUUAGGCAGAUUCUGCAGCAACAGAUGAUGCUGGAGGACUUAGAGCAUCACCUUCAAGCUCUGGAGGAUGACACAGAGUGGCAGGAGCAAGUAAUGGCCAAUGCUGCAAUUCCUGGAUGGAAUUUGGUGGCAACUGAUGAACUGAACAGACUAGAGCAUCGAUUCAGACACAAUGAAGCAGAGCUGAUGAUGAGUCAACUAUGGGGAGAAUCGUUACAGGAAGAAAUAGACAGAGAACAAGACUUGCAGAGUCGUCUCAACCACGUCCAGUCAUCAGUAGAGGAUCAAACUUCUCAGAUUGAAGAGCUUCUGGACCUUUUUGCACAUCUCCAGAGUGACAUCAGUACCUCUCAGGUGGACACUCAACAUCCUUUGGAAAUCUUGAGGCCCCUAAAACAGGAGCUCAAGCAACGUGCGCAGCAGGGAGAAGAACUGAAAGACACAUUGUCAAAGACUUCGAGAGACAUACAAGCUGCAGAGGAAAGACUUCGGGGCAGAUGGGAGACAGUUGAGGAGCUGAAUAAGGAGUUGAGACAAUGUAACCUGCAGCAUUUCAUCCAGCAGACCAGCACUGCCCCACUUGUAGACCAGACAAGCUACCUGCCUGUCACUGAUGCUUACCUCAACAAUGCUGCCUUUAUGGAGUAGGAGAUGAUAUAUUGUAUAAAGAUCUUUCUCAUGCCAAAUAAACAAAUAUUGGUACCAGAAAAUUAAAAAUAUUAGUCAACAUCCCGUGCUCAUGGAGAGCUGUGCAUGCAUAGACUACAUGUAAGUACUACAAGUAGUAUGUAAGUGUAGAAUGAAGCACAAACAAUCCUAAAGAUUGAAAUCAUUUAUCCAAUGGUGCCUGUUUGAAUGACUGAAAGACGUUACUGCUUUCUCUUCUUUUUAAUAAGAAUUCAUCACCUUUGUGAGUUGAUCUGCCAUUAACCAUACAGUAUUUUCUAUUUCCGUGGGGAUCAAUAAAAAUCUAACUACAGCGGUGGGAAAAAGUGUUUGUCUCUUUCCUGAUUUCUUAUUUUUUUGUCACAUUUAAGUGUUUCAGAUCAUCAAAAAAAAGUUAAAUAUCAGUUAAUGACAACACAACUGAACACCAAAUGCAGUUUUUAAAUGAAACUUUUUAUCAUUAAGGGAGAAAAAAAACAAACCUAUAUGGCCCUGUGUGAAAAAGUGUUUGCUCCCGAAACCUAAUAACUGCUUGGGCCACCCUUAGCAGCAACAACUGCAAUCAAGUGUUUGCGAUAAGUUGCAAUGAGUCUCUUACAGCGCUGUAGAGAAAUUUUGGCCCACUUAUCUUUGCAGAAUUGUUGUAAUUCAGCCACUCUGGACGGUUUUCAAGCAUGAACCGCCUUUUUAAAGUCAGGUCACAGCAUCUCAACAGGAUUUAGGUCAGGACUUUGACUAGACCACUCCAAAGUGUUAAUUUUGUUUCUCUUUAGCUAUUCAGAGGUGGAUUUGCUGGUGUGUUUUGGAUCAUUGUCCUGCUGCAGAACCCAAGUUGGUUUCAGCUUGAGGUCAGGAACAGAAGGACGGACAUUCUCCUUCAGGAUUUUUUGGUAGACACAGAAUUCAUGAUUGUAUUUAUCACUGCAAGUCUUUCCAUGUCCUGAAGCAGUAAAACAGCCCCACACCUUCACACUACCACCACCAUAUUCUACUGUUGGUAUGAUGUUCUUUUUCUGAAAUGUGGCGUUAAUUUUACGCCAGAUGUAUUUUCUCAAAGGUCUUGGGGAUCAUCAAGAUGUUUUCUGGCAAAAUUGAGACAAACCAUUAAGUUAUUUUUGUUCAGCAGUGGUUUUCAUCUUGGAAUGCUGCUAUGCAGGCUGUUUUUUCCCAUGCAGUGUCUUUCUUAUGGUGGAGUCAUGAACACUGACCUGAACCCAGGCAAGUGAGGCGUACAGUUCUUUGGAUGUUGUUGUGGGGACUUUUGUGACCCCUUGGAUGAGUCGUCGCUGCACUCUUGGGAUAAUUUUGGUUGGCCGGCCACUUCACCACUGUUCCAUGUUUAUGCCAUUUGUGGAUAAUGGCUCUCACUGUACUCCGGCUUCCUCACACAUUCCAAAAACAUGCAGGUAAGGUUAAUUGGCGACUCUAAAAUGGCCAUAGAUAUGAAUGUGAGUGUGAAUGGUUGUUUGUCUAUAUGUGCCCUGCGAUUGGCUGGCGACCAGUCCAGGGUGUACCCCGCCUGUUGCCCAAAGUCAGCUGGGAUAGGCUCCAGCAUGCCCCCGCGACCCUAAUGAGGAAGAAGCGGUAUAGAAAAAUGGAUGGAUGGAUGGAUGGGCUCUCACUGUGGUUUGCUGGAGUCCCAAAGCUUUAGAAAUGGCCUUUAACCUUUUCCAGACUGAUCUCAAUUAAUCUCAGUUAGUUAUGUUUUAACACGGGGAGCAAUUACUUUUUCACACAGGGCCAUGUAGGUUUGAUUUUUUUUCCUUAAUAAUAAAAAGUUACAUUAAAGUUACAUUACAUUACUGCAUUUUGUGUUCAGUUGUGUUGUCAUUGACUAAUAUUUAAAUGUGUUUGAUGAUCUAAAGCAUUUAAGUGUGUCUAAACUAUGUAUACACGUCCCUACGGUUAUUUUCACAUGCAGUAAUCCCUCGCCAACUUUGCCCUUUGAAUGUUGCGGCUUCACUGUCAUGGUUUUUCAUAAAUAUAUUGAUUAUUGGAUCAUGCUGUUUUGUGGUUGAAUAUGGCCUAUUAUUAGUUCAAAAACAUGCAAACAUGCAAAUUUUACAUUUUUUUGCCUAAAUUAAGCAUUUUCAAGCAUAAAAAUGGCCAAGUGACCUAAAUACAAAUACAGUAUAGGGCAUUUAAAAAAUGCAUUCAAACAUGUGAUGAUAUUUAGGAUUCUACAGUGGUCAGUAGGUGUCAGUAAUGUUACUGUAAUGUUUGGUGAGACACACAAGCACCAGACUUGAUUGCCGGAACAACAGGCAUUAAUUGCAGGUUUCAAUGAACAGGCACAAUCAUCCCUAAUACGGGCUAUUGUUGCAGCCGUAACCCAAGCCAAGCUAAAACUCAACUCUGAACCCCCGACACCACUUCCUGUCCUUCCCACACUCAGCUCCCCUAGCACUGGAAUACAUUUACAGAAACACACAAGAGUAUUAUGUCUUAAAUGGCCUAUGUUUUGUUAUGUAUUGGGUAAUAGGAGUGUAAAGGUGGCUAUAGGGCUGUGAUUUCAUGACAAAAACGUAUUUCGAAGGUUUUAAACAGGUUUUCUAUGCUCUAUGAAAAUAUUCUAUUUAUAAAUAAGGAGUAGCGUAAAAUCACUUAUCACGGUCAUGUCUGGAACCAAUUAACUACAAAAGAAUCACAUUGCCGCCACUCCCGUUCUUAUUUUUUAAUAUUACCUAUCUUUUGUGGCCUCUAUCAUUUUUGGGCCCUUGGAAUUAUCCUAACUUUUCACCACUAUACGCCGCCUCUGCCCCUGUGGUGUAAGGACAUAUGUUCAAAUGUUGCUUUUUCUCUUUUUUAAUACUGUAUGUUUCAAGCCUUGUUUGUGCGCCUGUGGAACGUUACUCACAUGUCUGCAUGUUCUACUGGUAGAACAAAUCAGCUUUCAUGUCCGCCGUAUCCUGGGCACACCCCAGCGUUACAAGUCAACGUGAUUAUCAUCCAGACAUACAGGACAUAACGUCUGUUUUUUGAGUGGCUAUAAGCUGCAGAGAUAAUCCUGCUCAGGUCACUUAGAAUGUGGGUGAUGUCACCCUUUUUACAUUGUGUAAUGUAUGUUGUGGACAUUUUGUCACAGCCCAUGUGCUCAUUUCUUUUAAAUACAAUGAAAUUAGCAGCAAACGUGACUGACUGGUCAGCUAGUAACAUAUGGAAGAACCAGUGCCAAAUAGAAGAUCCCAGAAGUCUCACAUUCAAGCUGCAUUUGAUUUUUUUUAUUGUAUUUAUAUUAUUUAAUGUUUACUAUGUGUUCUUUAUUGUGUGUGUGCCUAAAGACUUACUGAAUCUUGACUAACAGAUCAAAAUACAGUUGUGAUGCUGACUUUCUAAAUUACAAGCAACUAAAAGCACAGAUAUAACACACUGUUUUCUGUCUUUUUACAGUUUUUUAAUGAAUGUUCUGUCAGUGAAUUCAAAUGAGUUUAUAAGGACCAUCGAUGACAAUGAUUGUGUGACAGUGAGAGAAGGGACUGUCACAAAUAGUCACCGAUUACUGGUGUAGAUAUAAUUUGUAUAGAAAACUGUAUGUACUAUCGGAACAAGAUUAUAG